UCUAACUGGAAUUCAACACCGUGGUGGUUCAAUGCUAUACACUAGGACUAAUAGAAUCAAAGAUCCAUGGAAGGCUGUAUCAACACCUAAAGCAGCUGCAGGUCCAUCCAGGGCUACGGAACCUGUGCGACCUUCUACAUCAGAAAUUCAGGAUGCACAACCAAUAAAUUUCUGGAAACUUCAGCAAACAAAAAUGGAUAAUCUGUUCUACAAAAUUCAGGUCUACCUUCAGAAAAAGGAUCAAGAAUGUGGCCGUUUGCAAUUCCUCACCUCCCGGACCACUGAAGAAAGCAUAAAACAUAUUGAGGAUGUAUGUACGUCAAUUUCAGGCUUUCUCGGAACCUUUAAAAUCUCUACAAAAGGUCGAAAUUUAAAAGACACCAACGACUGUAUCCUGGUCUUUAAGUAUCUUGUACUCAACACCGCCUUCAAAUCCCAAACUUAUUUACUAGAGGAUAUUACCAAUGGACAUCUCGCGGACAUGUGUCCACCUCUUUCGCCCUAUUUAUUCCUCGAAGUUCUUCAAUAUAUACAAUACGAAGAGAUUCUAGCUGAAUCUAUCCUCUACUUUCCACUGGAUCUCUGCGUUGAAAUUUUAGAAAUUUCACGAAGGUGCUUUAAAUAUGCAGAGUUUGAUCGCGCUCUAAAUACUCUAAUAGCUCUAAUCUCAAACGCGUAUAAAAAGUUCUUGAUUGUGAAGGAAUUAGGGUCACAAACAUCAUGUUUCGAAGACUUCACAGAAAGACUUGUGAAUAUCAUUCAAGAAUUGAUUUCCCUCAUCUUCAACGAAAAAAUAAUUAGAUUUGAUGAAGUAUCAAAUUUAAAGAAGCAUGAGAGAUACGGAAUAAUACUGAAAAAAAUUCUCAAAAUGGUUCGAGACUUAUUGGAAAGCCGCAGCAUUAAUCUUUCUGCAGAAAAGGAAAAACUCUACAAAAUUACAUUUGGUAAUCAAUCUCCCGUUUCCGGCUGCGAAGAAGUUAUGCAGCUUUUUUUAGAGGAACUCAACCAAGAACUGAUCAAUCUUCUUUUAAGAAAAAUCAAAGAGAUAGAUUGUAAUAUUUAUCUUGGUUGGGCGGAACUCAAUUAUGAUAACGGUUCCAUCUCUCUCCAACGAUCGAUUGGAAUCGACUGCUUUUAUUUUGCGGAUGCCUUAAAGAAACAGGAUCAGAUAACGAAAUUCGAACAUUUAAUAAAGUGUUUAGACCAACUAGCUUCAAAACCAAAUGCAGGAACUCCUCUUUCCGAAUUCCAUUUAGAGGAAUUAUGUAGAAAAUCUGAGGGACAUCCGGAGUACAUCAAAGAGUUGUUGAAGAGAUAUAAAGACUGGAACGAAUCAAUCUUUGAUUGCAUUGAGCAAAACGAGUCUCUUUUAGAUAAGGACGAUUGUUUAUAUCUUUUGGAAUAUCUUCUUUCCAUAAUUCUGCAAUCAGAUAUGGAAGCUUAUAAAGUGAGAGUAUAUAGUUUUGUAACUAAAGUGCUUCUCAACCAGAGCAUUACUGAUUUAUAUGCGAUCACUAUUGAGUACCUUUUAAAUCACGAUGGUUGCAAGAUUUUGGAAUUCUCUAAAACGAUAGAAAACUUUAAGAAUUUCAUCACCCACAAUACUACAUUUUUAUCGGCGAAAAACCUCCGCUUUGUCCUAAUUUCAGUGAUUAAAAGUCCUAAAAAGAUCCUAACGAUCAUCUUGAAGAUCGUGAUUGGCCAUACAAACUACGAGCACGUGAUGAUCUCUCCGCGUGAUGUUUUCCUGCUAUCUCCAAUCUUAAAAAUUCAAACUGAAAAUGGAAGGACACUCCUAAUGAAUAUUUUAGGAGAGUGUCUGCAAAAUUCUGAAUGUAAUAUUAAAAAGUUUACCCACUUUAUGCAAGUCAUGGAAGAGAACAAUUACGAAACGGACGAAAUUUUCAACGACCUUUUUAUUCCUUACCUUGAAUCUGAGUCUUUUAAUGUCUCCAGCAUAAAUUCAGUUCUUAACUCCGUGCGCAAGAUGCAGAACAAAUGUACCGAAAAUUUGAAAAUUGAUAAAAUGGUGAUAGCUAUUGCCAAGAGGAUCUCGUGUUUGAGAAAAGAUACGAGCCUUCCAAAAUAUGUAAAUGGAGAAAUAUUAUGUUUGUUGUUCAGAGUGAUUGAAGUCUUUAUUCGGGAUCAGUCAAGGUGGUUUAAUUUAGAGAAGAAAAUAGCUAUUAUUAGUAGUAUCAGCGUUUACAUCGAACCAAUAGAUAGACCGUAUUUUUCUUCAUUGUGGCAUUUAACGAAACAAGGAAUUGAUGUUCGGGAUAUAAUGGAGGAUUACGAAAGGCGAUGUUUUAUUGUGAUGAACGAAGUGAAAAAUCAAGGAGUUUCCGAAAGACUAAGAAGUUGUUUAGGUGAUUUCAGUUUUUUGAAUGAAGAUUUCUUAAGGCAUCUGAUUUUGAGGUCGACAGAAUUAGAAUACGCUAAAUAUGGUACGGAAAUUGUUUUACUUAACUGGGAUAUUUUUGGAUGGAAGAGCGAGUUGGAUGCUUUUGAUCAAUUUGUUCGAAUUACUAUAGAAGCCUGUUUGCUUUGCUUAGAGUUCUCUGACGUUAGUUCUCCGCAAUCUUUUCCUUUUUUGAUAAAGUGCUUGUCAAGGCUUUCUAAGUCGAUUUUUAAGUUGAACGUAACAAAGACUUACGAGAGCAUUCAUAAUUCCUUGACGCAAAGUAUUAAGAGACUUGAUCACCAUAUUAAAAAUUCGCAGUACUCGGAUUUUUAUCAAAAUUUUCUUACUUCUGUAAAUAACAUAUCUUGUAAGAACUCAUUGGUUGAAAUUUUGCAACAGUUGAUUUCUGCGAUACAUUAUUUUGGUUGUCAGUGUUUAGGACUUGUUACAGGUAAGAAACAUAAUUAUGAGUAUACAUCGGAGGUGAUUAAAUUUAGAAUUAUACAUGAGUUUAUUUCAAAUGCGAUGAAAGUGUCUGCUGAAGAGGCUUAUAUUUGUAUUACAAAAAUGGAGGAAUUUUUAUUUUCUGAAGGUUGUAAUAAUAAAAAAGAGCAGAAACAAUAUAUAGAAGAAGUUUUUCAGGCUUCGUAGAGAUUAAGGACAAUUCUUUUUUUUUUCUACAAAUGCUACAUUUAAAAAAAUUGUUCAUUGAAUAAUUCCGGGCUGACCCAGUAUUUUACUUUCCUUCUGCAAUAGGCGGAACCAAAAAACCCGAAUUUUUAAAACUCUUAAUAUUCUAGUACGGGAGAGUUCUCUUUGGCGAAGGCAAAUCGAGGUCAAACAAAUAUUUUCAAAUCUUAAUAUUCAUAUUAUUAGAUUAAAUCAUAAUAUUAACAUUAGGUUUUUAUAUCAGGGGGGCCGAAAACCUUCAUUUUUAAAUCUUUUUACCCAUAAAUAUUUAAACACCAUAAAACGAAUAUUUCAAUAGAUGGAAUAAACGAAAUUAAAAAUAAAGUUUACAUUUUUUAAAUUUAUUUUCUUCGAUAAUUAUUUUAAGUUACUGUUAUACAAAUUCCCUUACUCACAUGCAGGUCAAAGUCUGGAGUAUUUAACCUAUUUUUUGUAAGUAUAGUUCUCAUUAGUAAAAAGUAAUAUAAAAUAAGAAUUUAAAUUUUUAAAAGUUGAAGUAGAAAUUUUUUGAAGAUGCGCAACAUAGUAUAUUGUAUGCCUUGAGGGGAAAAAGAGUGAUUUUCACAUGAAAUCACCUUUCUCGCACGGUUCAAAUAUAACUUUUUACAACAUAUGUAUUGAAAAGUUCGAGGUUGCGACAAUUGUAAUAUUGGAUUGCAAGGUUUCAGAAAUAUUGAAAUGAGGUUUUCGUAGUUCGUCUCUGAUGUAAUUUAAUAUCCUCCCGUAAAAAUAAAUUUUUCUCCCGUGCGGCAGAAAAUAAAUACAAAUCCUCCAAUUACAAAUUGUGAAUCGUCGAACCAUAAACUGUGCAUGUGCCUCGGUUGCAUCUCUACAAAUGCUCUGCAAUCAGCUGUUUUGCGCGCACUCUACGUUCAUAGGAAAGCCGCAAUUUUCAUGCGGCCACUGGAAUUUUUUAUUCGUCAUUGAAUUUUUUCGUCGAUCGAAAAGCGGGUACCAAUACUGGUUGGCAUGAUGCUCUCACCGUUUAUCAAAACAUUUUUCUCGCCGAGUUUAUUUUAGGUGCCAUCUAGCGUCGUAAACGGGUAGUAUGUUAUAACGGGUUGCAUCAGUAAGGUUAUGUUCAAUGUCUGUGAACGGUAGUCAAUCUCAGGUUUUGCGUUCUAAUUAAAGUAAAAUAUUGUUGCAUACAUAAGGCUUCACGGGCUGAUUUUCACCUAGAUGCGCAUGGGUUAAAUACACAUAGUAUCAACGCUACUGAAUUCGCGACAGUAAAUUGUUGCAACUUGUUGGCAAUAUUUGGUAGACUUUCAGUCUUACUAUGUCGUGUGUUGCCCCCACCCCAAACCGUUCCCAAAAAGUUGUCAUGUUUCGUAACAUACAAUUUGAUUUCCUUAAUGUUAGUUUUUGGUUGCGUAUGUACCGUUUUCAGAAAUUUAGUCUAGCCACGAUUUUUUAUCCCUAAGGGCAACUUUUCCGUGCUAGACCAUUUUGUGUUUCGAUAAUUCAGGGUUUUCUGCCUAUCUUACUGUAUAAAAAUGUGAUGAAACUCAAUAUAUAUGAUGUAUUUUCAUUGAAAUAAUAAA